UUUGUGCGACAACAGCCGUCCGGGCAUGACUUUCUUGAAGUUCUUAUGCACUCUGUGAAGAAUUUUGUUUUGUUUUGUUUUGUUUAACGAGAACAUUCGGUAAUAACGGUCGGGUUCGGGAUGUCUCUUCACAGACUACUAAGAUGCAACACUCUUAUGGCGUUGUCAUGUAGACAGACUCUGAGAUCUUUUUCCACCAACACUGAAGGAGAGAUCCAUAUUACCAAAAUACUGAAGGAGAAGUUUCCCCAAGCCUCAUCUCUCAAAGUUGUGGAUAUAUCAGGUGGCUGCGGAGCGAUGUAUGAAAUCCACAUCGAGUCAGAUGACUUCAGAGGAAAAAGAAUAGUGCAGCAGCACCAGAUAGUGAAUCAGGCACUCAAAGAAGAGAUUAAAGGCAUGCAUGGACUGCGGAUCUUCACAGAUGUUCCCAAAAAGUAGCUGCUUCACCAGAGUCUUUCACUACAUCAAGAUUCAUGCUGGAAACCAUUAGAACUGAUGAUCACAUAUGAAUGUAUCAUUUAAUUCUUCAGAUAAACCAUUACAUGAUAUUUAAAAAAAAGUCAGAAACUUCUAAGAGAUUUUUUUAAUGAAAAAGUUUAAUGGGCCUCAUUUAUCAAUCGUAUUCUAUAUGUAUAUAUGUACAUGUAUACAUCAUCCACUAUUGUGUAUACCUUGUAAUCCAGACCAAACUAAAAAAUCAUCCCAGAUUUACAAAAGAAUCAGUAAUGCUAAUCUCCUUCAUACUCACACGUGUAGAAAAGCUAACAAAACCUUUAAAAUCGAAACUCACAGAGCCGAAAAUGACCAAAAAUUAUGACUACAUAGUGAAAGAGUCCCUCCUAAGUGUGGUGUGCACUAAAUCACUAUGUAUUUAUAGUCUUAUUGGUCUCUAUUUAAAGAUUUGUCGAGGACUGUUUUCUUUCAUUAAACAGAAAUGAUUGCAUUUAACAUUUAAAUGAGCAAUUUAUACUUUUGAUUAGAUGAUUUAGAGCCAAGUGAAGCAAGUGAGUCCCUUAUAUAUUUACAUGAACUCAGGAAUUCGUACAAUAUACUGGCACGAUUAAGAUGAUUUUCAUGAACUAAAUAUCUUGUGUAAAUGCUCUGGUGAAUAAUUUACGAAUAAAGGCUAGGGUUAGGUUGAUAAGUGAGGCCCAUUGUUGUUGGAAUUCUAUAGUACGCACAAAACAUGACUUAAACGCUGGAAUGCGCACAAAAAUGACACAAAGCCGAUGUUGUAGCCUGAGAAAAUGACCUGGAAAGCUACUCAGAAUAGCAUUUACUAUUAGUGUCAUUCACAACACCAGUGAUACUUGACUAACCAUAAGUAAUUGUUUUGAAGCCUUCUGUGUUUGUUGUUAUUUAUGACACUACUGUGUUUUUCUCUGUGCUCUGUUGAUUCUGAUUAUUUGGAUUCGAAAGCCAUUAAAUCUCAUUUCUUUUCUGUUAUAAUUUCUCUUCAUUCUAAUAUAUGAUCAAAUUUAUGCAUUGUGGUCAAAUAUAAUGUGUGCACUGCUAAAAAACAUGUAAUCUUGUGUAAACAUCAUCUUUAGUUUUAGCAUGAAGUUUCUUUAAAAUGUUGUGAAUCACGUUUGUCCACUAGAUGGCAGGUUUUUAUACUAGAUGUCCCUUGCACUGAUGAAAAAUGUUACAGAAUAAAUUUUAUUUGGUAAAA